UACCCUUCAACUAUCCCUCAUAUUACCCGCCUACCCUAUCGCAUAAAUCCCGGAUCCUUCCACGAGAUUACACAUCAUGUGCCAUUCUGUAAAUUCUUCGAAGACUAGGGAGUAGUUCUUUCGUUGCCCAGGUGGCGAUAAACGAAGGGGUUAAACGGCGAUGGCGGAGGCGGCGGCGAUCGUGACGACGUUGAUCAUUGCCACGGCGGUCGUGGCGGCGGCGGCUUUUAACGUUCCGGCGAUUACCUUCGACGAGGGAUACGCGCCUCUGUUUGGCGAUAAAAACAUCAUUCAAUCCGCCGGCGGACGAACGGUGAAGAUUCUCCUCAACAAAUACUCCGGAUCGGGGUUCAUCUCGUCUGAUAUUUAUUACCAUGGAUUCUUCAGCGCGUCGAUCAAGUUGCCGUCAGAUUACACGGCCGGCGUCGUCGUGGCGUUCUACAUGUCGAACGGCGACAUAUUCGAGAAAAAUCACGACGAACUGGACUUCGAAUUCCUCGGCAAUAUCAAGGGAAAAGAAUGGCGGAUUCAGACCAACGUGUAUGGCAAUGGGAGCACAAGUCGCGGCCGCGAGGAGCGGUAUCAGCUGCCUUUUGAUGCCACUGCUGAAUCCCACCGCUAUUCCAUUCUUUGGACCAGAACUAAUAUCAUAUUCUACAUCGACGACACCCCAAUCAGACAAGUGGCGAGGAACGACGCCAUGGCCGGCGACUACCCAUCAAAACCCAUGUCUCUCUACGCCACCAUAUGGGACGGCUCCACCUGGGCCACUUCCGGCGGCAAAUAUAAGAUCGACUACAAAUACGCCCCUUUCGUCACCGAAUUCACCGACCUCGUCCUCCACGGCUGCCGCCUCGACCCCAUUCAACAGCUCCCAGCUUCCCAACAGUGCCGCGACUUCGAGGCCGCGACCGCCGCCGCCGACUACUCCUCCUUGUCGCACGAGAAGCGCGAGGCCAUGCUUCGGUUCAGACAGAAAUACAUGACUUAUACUUGCUGCUACGACGAGCAGAGAUAUCCCAUUCCUCUGCCGGAGUGCGAAGUCGUCGAGUCGGAGAAGGACAAGUACUGGAAGUCCGGUGAUAUCAAGGUCCAGCCUAAGCCUAUUUUACGCCGGCACAGAGGAAAGAAGCGCGGCCAGGCGAGGAACAGAGCCGUUGUUGAGAUCAACGGGCAAGCUGUUGCUUAAUUAAUUGAUUCCCUCUUCUUUUCUUCUCUGUUUGUAAAGAUCAGAAAGAUGAAUGUAAAAAAAUAUAUGUGACAAUCAUAGCAAUGGAGUUUCAUUAAAAUUCUUCAGCCGCACAAAAAUUCGACUUUUGGUCAAGUGGGGUUGUUGGAUAGUUUUGCAAUUUAUUGAUUUGUGUUAUCUAUAAAUAAUUAAUGGUGAUUGCACAUUGAAUAA